GUUUGAAAAGAAAAAGGGAAAUAAAUCCUGGAACAAGUUCAUUAACUAUCUUCCUCUCUUCACUCUUGCCGUGCUGAUUGUUGUGUUCAGACCUGAGAAUUCCUCUUUGCCGGGCGGCGGCUGCCACUGCUCACCUCCCUGGCUCCCUCCCUCUCUCCUCCCAGACCCGAACCCGCCCGCAGCAGCAGCCUCUCUCUCCCCCACCUCCUCCUCCGCCUCGUGGUAUAUAACAAUUCAAUUCGGCCCCGCUCGGCUCAGCUCGAUCCCAUCCUCCGCAACACGACACCACGCUCAAGAAUCCCGAGUCCCGGCCGACCCAAUCCGAUCGAAUCCGGAGCAUCGCGACGACGAUGGACGCGGCGGCGGAGCUGGCGCUGCGCAUGCGGGCGGCCGCCAACGACCGCCUCGCCCGCCACGAGCCGCUGGUACUCGUCGCCGCGCCGCUCCUCGCGCUCCUCCUCGCGCGCGCGCUCCACGCCGCCGCCAACGCCGUCGCCGACAGGGGCCUCGUCGGCCUCGCCAUGUCCGCCGUCAAGUUGCUGCCGGGGGUCUCCAGCUACAUCGACGCCGAGAAGAGGAAGGUUGUUGACAAGAUGCAGUCAGGUGGGGCAUCCACCAAAAACAAUCUACGAAUUGAGUUGCCAACUGUUGGGCUUUCCGAGCAAGUGAUCAAGGAUCUUGAAACAUUGAAAGCCAAAGAUGUAGACUGGCAGGGAAAAUGCUCCGGCACAGUAUAUAUUGCUGGAAGUGAGUCCGAGGGCCAUUUUGAAUUGAUAAACAAGGCGUACUCCAUGUUUUCACACACUAAUCCGCUUCAUCAGGAUAUAUUCAAGAGUGUGGCACAACUAGAAGCUGAAGUAGUUGCAAUGACAGCUUCUUUGCUUGGCAGCAAAGAAAAAUCAUCUGGUGGACAAAUUUGCGGCAACAUGACAUCAGGCGGAACUGAAAGCAUAUUGUUAGCAGUCAAAACAUCACGUGACUAUAUGCGAUCAAAGAAGGGAAUUACAAAGCCUGAAAUGAUAAUGGCUGAAUCAGCACAUUCUGCAUAUGACAAAGCUGCUCAAUAUUUCAAUAUUAAAGUGCGCCGUGUACCUGUGAACAAAGAGUUACUUGCAGAUGUUAAAGGAUUCAAACGAUGUAUAAAUGGAAACACGAUAAUGAUGGUUGGAUCUGCACCAGGAUUUCCACAUGGUUUAAUAGAUCCUAUCGAGGAACUUGGGGAAUUGGCUUCGCGUUAUGAUAUUUGCUUGCAUGUUGAUCUAUGCCUCGGUGGCUUUGUAUUGCCUUUCGCCCGCAAGCUUGGGUACCCUAUUCCUCCUUUCGAUUUUUCUGUCAAGGGUGUUACAUCGAUCUCAUCAGAUGUUCAUAAGUACGGAUUAGCCCCAAAAGGCACAAGCAUUGUCCUGUACAGAAAUCAUGAAAUUAGAAAGCAUCAAUUUGUUGCUGUUACUGAGUGGACCGGUGGGCUUUAUGUUUCUCCCACUAUUGCUGGAAGCAGGCCAGGCGGGUUAAUUGCAGGAGCUUGGGCUGCUAUGAUGUCUCUUGGACUGAACGGUUAUUUGGAACAUACAAGUCGUAUCAUGGAAGUUUCGAAGAAAAUACAAAAAGGAAUCGAAGAAAUCCCUGGGUUGUUCGUGAUUGGAAAGCCAGACAUGACCGUUGUGGCAUUUGGUUCGGAUGUUGUUGACAUAUUUGAGGUGAAUGACAUAAUGUCAUCGAAAGGUUGGCACCUUAAUGCUCUGCAGAGACCGAACAGUUUACACAUUUGUGUGACCCUUCAACACACGGCUGUUUACAAGGAAUUCCUGAACGAUCUGCAAGAUUCUGUGAACACUGUGAAAGCAAACCCAGGCCCUAUUAGCGGGGGAAUGGCUCCAAUUUAUGGCGCCGCUGGGAAGAUGCCGGACAGAGGCACGGUGAGGGAGUUGCUUGUGGAGUUCAUGGACAGCUCUUGCUGAACAUCACCACUUGAUUAUUGCUUCUACGACAAAAAAGCAGUCACAGUGCUGUGAUCUGUGUUGCUUUGACAUACAAAAUGACGAUGGGGAAAAGGCAGUGACUCCAGUGAGGCGUUGCACCGUAUACCGAAGCGAACAUAGCUGUACCACCCCAUGAAAUACCUGUAUCAGAAAAUGCAUAUGUCAUGUGCCAGCAGAUAGACACUUAUUUGUUCCAAUAAAAUACAUAGUUUGAUCUCA